AUGCCGAUAUCCAUCGGCGCCUUCCUGAUUGUCUCGCUGUUCACUCUCCAUUCCGGACGUGGAGUCUAUGUCGAUGCUGCACCUUCCUUCCCCGACCAUCGCAUCUGGCAAGCUUCCAACUUCCAGUCCCUCAUCACUUUCGGCGACAGCUACACCGAUGAGAGUCGCAUGAACUAUGUUUUCUCGCAUAAUGGGAAUGUGCCGCCCACGGGAACGCUAUUGCCGGACUCGAAUAUUACGGCAAGCGGCGGGAGGACAUGGCCACGCUACGUCGUCCAGUACGCCGGUAGCGAAACUGCAGACAGCUGGCAACCAAGGAUGACGCUCUUCAAUUAUGCUGUAAGUGGAGCUGUCUGCUCGAUCAACAUCACUCAACGAGACUUUGGUCGCCCGAACUUUCCCUCGGUCCUCGAGUACCAGCUACCUGCAUUCCUGUCAGACGAAGACUCUCUUCGUGCCAAUACGACCUUGCCAUACUUCACACCACCGUUGACAGCUUCGAAUGCAGUAUACGCGAUCUGGAUAGGAACCAACGACUUGGGUGUCUUCUUCAAGGAAGGCCAAUACCCGGACAAAAUCCUCAACGAAUACAUCGACUGUGUCUACCGUGUCCUCGACGGCCUAUACCAUGGCGGCGGCAGAGUCUUCGUUUUGAUGAAUGUUCCUCCUUUACACUUGGCGCCCUUGUACUCGAGCGUCGAUGAUCUCAUGCAAGAGUACGUGGCCUUGGUCAACGCAAUCUACAAGUAUCGAACUCCAUACGAGGCCCUUAAUGCUAAACGUUAUCCGAAUGCGAGCUUCGCCACCUUCAAUGUCAGUGGACUGAUGGAAAACAUGUACCUGCAUCCUGAAAGAUACUUCAACGGUACGAUGCCGGCCAAUGUGACGGGCGCUGAGCAGACUUGUGUGCCGAACGCGUCGGGCAUCGGCUCGACCUGUGUCAAGAUGUACAAUGGGACGAGCCCGGAUAGCUUCAUGUGGUUUGAUGAGUUGCACCCAAGUACACAGACGGAUCGCAAUAUUGCUCGGACGUUCUUGGACGUCUUGAAUGGGAAGAGCACGUACGCUGAGUACUGGUGA